AUGGCGAUGGAGGACAAUCCCGAGUGGAACCCGCUGGUACGGCGCGUUCUGUUUUUCACCGGAUUGAUCGUUCUCGCCGAGCCAUUAGCCGCAACGAUGCUUCUCUCCUUCGUUGCGUUCAUGGUGCGCGACUUCCCUGCUGUCGACAACGACCGUGUCGCUUUCUGGUGUGGACUUCUCACAUCCGCCUACUUCGUCGCCCAGGUGUUUACAGCGCCGAUUUACGGCAUCUUGAGUGACCGUAUCGGUCGCAAACCGGUUCUGUUGUUCGGGCUUGUCGGAUCUGCGGUGUGCACUGUCAUUUUCGGCACGGCGAAGAACACUACGGUAGCAAUCGUCUCGCGUGUGCUGUGUGGUGUGUUCAAUGGAAAUGCCGGUGUUUCCCGGACGGCCAUAGGAGAGUUGGCUGUGAACCAUAACCUGCACCAGGGUCGCGCAUUCGCGCUGUUUGGAUUCUGUACAGCAUUGGGCACCCUUAUCGGGCCACUCCUUGGAGGCUUCCUCUGCCAACCAGCGGAAAAGUACCGUUUCGAUGGACCGGGUGGCAUGUUCAAAAUUUAUCCAUAUCUGCUGCCGUGCCUGAUAGGAGCUGGGUACAACAUUACCAUUGUGGCACUGAGCGUCCUGUUUCUGCCUGAGACAAACAUCGAAAUCAAGGGAAGGUCGCAAGAGACAGAAGACGCUGCGAGCGAAGAGACUCCACUUCUUCCUCAAGAUCGCGAUGAAACCACCAAAGACCCUCCAAAGAACAUGACAGGUCUUGUCGUCUUGAUGCUUUGCUAUCUGUCCAUUACACUCCAUGUCAUAGCAUUUGACGACAUGUACCCGGUCGUGGCAGCCACACUGCCGCCUAUUGGUCUUGGAUACACAUCUAUCCAGGUUGCAACUACCUUACUCUUGACCAGCCCCGUCUUGUUCGCUGUCCAGCUGAUUGGAUAUCCCAUAUUGUCGACACGCUUCUCAUACACAAAGCUUUGGGGAUUGUCCUCGAUACUCUUCCUGUUCGUCUACUUGGCAUGUCCAUUCGCCAUUUUGCUACCAGCAGGGUCCUGGCUACAAUGGAGUUCUUUCUGCGGACUCCUUGCCAUUCGAAUAUCGGCCGUGGUCAUUGGCUACACCAGUCUAGCGGUGUUGCUUGCGUUGGCUGCACCACCGAAUGCCAGGGGGGCUACCGUGUCUAUCGCACAAGCCGUCGUGUCGGCAAGUCGGGCAGUAGGACCGGCCUUGGCGGGCGCUCUGUGGUCCUGGGGCCUUUCGAACCACCUCCCCGCCCCCCUAAACCAGAACAUUCUGUUUCUCUUCAUGUGUCUCGCUGCUGCGCUUCAGGUCAUGACCACCUUCGGCCUGUCUUUUAGCGAUUUCCAGGAAUCUGUGCAGUCGAAGUAG